CCCGGUAAAGUCGUUGCUCACAAUCAGUGAACUCGGAGCGGUCGUCGAUCGCGGUUUACAGUCGGUCACCCGGGAGCUCGCCCGUUUCAUUCAGUCUCAGCUCGAGGGGAUUCCGGUUCUCCACGAGGCCCCGUUUUGCCUCCUCGUCUCAAUAGCGGGAUCGGGCCCUUCCCUAGGGCGACACUACCGCCGCGUAAUUGGAACGUCGCGAGCAAAUUCGUUUUAGUCGCGACGCGACUACGUUUAAACUAGAACCGCCGGCCUUGUAAUGGCGAACAUGUGCGGGACUCUCCGAGCUAAACAUGUGUCGGGAACUUUUGUGACGACGAGGAACGCGUGGUGAAACCGGGGCCCGGGUCGUUUGUGAAACAAAUUGGAAAAGAGCGAUGUUUCACGGAUAAUGGACAUGGUGAGAGAAAAGCCGAGACGUCGAAGCGUGAGCGAAAUGCUCGACUGGCGAUGGACCGCCAGGAACAAAGGGAACGCAGCCUCGGACGACACGUGCACGGACGUGCCCUUUCUUGAGGAUCUAGACAAGGACCCGGAAAUGCGCCGCCGGAAACGUUCCGGUACUUGGCCGAGGACGAGAAGCCUGAACGCGCCGAGUCCAGUCCAACAGUUUGGCCCGUGUGGCCGUAUGAUGAAGAAUUCCGCAAUGGUCAUGACCAUACAGGAUCCAGCCUCCCAGAGGCUGACGUGGUACAAGCCGCCGCUCACUGUUUUGGUGAUCAAGAAGGUCCGUGAUUCCUCGGUACUGCCGCCGUUUGUACAACUGGCCACAUGGCUAAUAGAAGAAAAACGGAUGGUAGUGUUCGUGGAGGCUUCCGUCCUCGAGGACCCAGCCUUGGCCACGGACCCCAGGUUCCAAGGGGUUCGAGACAGGCUACAGACGUUCAGGGACGGCACCGAUGAUCUCCAGGAUCGCAUCGAUUUCAUCGUCUGCCUGGGUGGCGAUGGAACUCUUCUCUAUGCAAGCUUACUCUUCCAGAAGUCGGUCCCACCGGUGAUGGCUUUCCAUCUCGGUUCACUAGGGUUCCUCACACCUUUUGAGUUCGAUAAUUUCCGGGAACAAGUGACGAACGUGUUGGAAGGUAACGCGGCCUUGACCUUGAGGAGCCGGCUGGAAUGUAUCAUAAAGCGAAAAGGGGAAGAGAGCAAGGAAGCGAAGUUGCUCGUGUUGAACGAGGUCGUCGUGGACCGAGGGCCAUCCCCGUACCUGUCGAACAUCGACCUCUUCAUCCAGGGCAAGCAUGUGACCAGCGUGCAGGGCGACGGUCUGAUCGUCAGCACGCCGACCGGGUCGACCGCAUACGCAGUCGCCGCUGGCGCGAGCAUGAUUCAUCCUUCGGUACCUGCGAUCAUGAUCACGCCGAUCUGCCCUCACUCCUUGUCCUUCAGGCCGAUCGUCGUGCCCGCCGGCGUCGAGCUAAAGAUUUCUGUCUCGCCGGACAGCAGGAACACUUCAUGGGUGUCCUUCGACGGCAGAAACAGACAGGAGCUAUUCCAUGGCGACAGUCUACAGGUGACCACCUCGACUUAUCCAGUACCCAGCAUCUGCGCUGCGGACCAAAUCACCGACUGGUUCGAUUCGCUGGCGGAGUGCCUCCACUGGAACGUUCGCAAAAAGCAGAAGCACUUGGAUGAACUGAGCGAUCUAACCCACUCGUCCAGCAACGAUACCUUGGAUUCGCUGGAUCGCGAUAGCUAGGCCAGGCAGGCGAAUCGCAAUAGACUUUAUCCAAGUUGUCAGGUCCUAAACGCUCGACGAUCACGAGCUGAUGACUCUGACUUCGUUCGACGAAGUCGUCGGUGAGAACAGAAGAGAAUGAACUCAUCAAGUUAGUCGUUGAAUGAACUAAGAAACGUUAUCCGUUUGAACAUCAGUGUUUCGUUUGAAGUGCUGUUUCGAAGCAUUGGAAGAGAAUCCGCUGUUUUUUAGAAGAGAGGUUCGUUUGGGCGGGUUCGGUGCACAGCAGAAGUGUAUUCUCGCAUAACGCAUCAACGCAUAAUUGAAAACCUCCGCAAUGAUGUUCAGAUUCGCUGCUUCUAAACGAAUCCUUCAUUCUUCUUUAUUAUUAACGUUUUCGCGAGGAAACCACGAAGAUGGUACUAAUAGUUGAGAUACGAAAAUAUCUGAAUUGUCUAACAGACAAAAAUGAUAACACUACUUCUUAAUGUUCGAUCGGAGGUCAAGGAAUUGUUGAAAGUGUGUCACGCCGGGUGUUCACAUUUAUUGUUAUACACUUGUGAUUAACUCGAAUCAAUUUGCGUUUUCACAUGUCACUUCAUGAAAGUGAUUUUAAUUGCAUACGGAAGAGAACACACACGCACGAGCGCGAAUCAACUGACGCGUGUAAAGACGCGCGUUGUCGGUCUUCUAUUUACCGGCGACGAAGAUGAAUCCGUUAUUUUGUAAAAAUUGAUGUACUUUUCCUAUCAACGAGCAUUUUUAAUAAACGAAAAUCAUUUUUGUACAGAA